CUUCGGAGUCUCCUUGGAUGGCCCUGGACCCAGGGCCUGUUGCCAGGGGCAGCCUCCCACCCAUCACCACAAUAUAAGGGCCAUCAGCACCCAGUAGAAUUCCAGGAGACUGCGCAGUGGAGCAAGGAUUUUGUGUCAGGACAAGAUGUUUCAGCUUUGGAGACUAGUUCUCUUGUGUGGCCUGCUCACUGGGACUUCAGCAUCUCUUCCUGACAACAGAGUUGUGACAGAGCUGCAAUCUGCUCUUAAAAAAGAACUUGAGAUUGAUGACAGUGCAUCUGAAUCUGUCCUUGAUCAAGUGAAGGCUGAUUUUGAGUUGCCCCAGAAUUUCACAAGUUUGGAGAAAGUAGUUACUGAGAAGAUCCAGGAAGAUGAGAUCUUGUUGGACAAGAACAUUACUGAACAUAUUCGCUUGUCAGGAAAACCAUUUGUCGGGUGUUUGCGGUGUUUACAGUGUUUAUCGUGUAUACGGUUGACAAUCAGGAGCAUCAACAUGGGGAAUAUCACAUUCCAAGGGACUCCUGGAGGCCCAAGCGGUAGCCUGAGUAUCCCCAUCACUGCUAAGGUCACCCUGACGCUGCCUCUGUUGGGUGCAGUUGUUGACCUGACCCUCAACUUUGUCCUACAGACAAGUAUCAGCUUUAAAAUUGGUGAAACUGGUGCCUUAAUGGUGGUCAUAGGAGAAUGCACCUACAGACCAGCCAGGAUAUCACUCCCCUUCGUGAACAGUUCCGUCUCCAGCCUCACUGUACUGAGCAGCAAUAUCGGACAGACUGUGACCACACUCGUGAAUCUGGUGGAGACCUACAUAGUGCAGGACGUGCUGUGCCCACGAAUCCGCACCCUCAUCAGCUCCUCAAAUGAGAAUUUGGUUCAGAACCUCAAAGAAACACUUCAUACCGCACAAGAAACUGUAAACUGAAGAGGACAGAUGAGAAAAACCAUCUGCUGAUUGGUUCCCAGGGACAUGGCUGAAUCUCUGUACCAUCUGCCUCUGGGAUGGUCAGUGCUGCCACCAUCCCCCAGGAGUGACAACUGAGCCCAGUCAAGGACACUCUCAGAUACGCCUCCUCACAGUCAGGACACGCUAUACUCCUCGCCCUCCACCCCCAGCAAUAAAAUGGCAUUUCUGCCCCUUC